UUACGAGCAACUUCAUCUUGUUUAUAUAGUUUGAUUGUGUUGGCAUCUGUUUGAUCUGUUGUUUGGUUUUGAGUUGUAGUCAAUGUAUUUUGGCGGUCAAUUGUUUAUUACUAUUUAACGUGUUAAAAUGAACAGUUUUCAAGGUGGAGCUCUUCUGAAAGUUACCGUGAUAAACUUUGUCACAUAUUCAUAUGCAGAACUGUAUCCAGGACCAAAUUUAAAUAUGCUUAUUGGUCCAAAUGGAACUGGAAAAUCAACAAUUGUAGCUGCAAUAAUAUUGGGUUUGGGUGGUAGUCCAAAGACAGUUGGCAGAGGGAAAAAUAUUUCAGAAUAUGUUAAGCAUAAUGAAGAGAAAGCAACAAUCAAACUACUGAUGCAAGGCAAGAAUGGUCAGAAAAAUUUCACAGUCACACGACAUUUUGAUAAGUUGAAUGCAAGUUCAUGGGAGCUGAAUGGUGAAGCAAAAUCACAGAAGGAUGUCUUAACAUUCAUCAGCAAGUAUCAAAUACAAGUUGAUAAUCUGUGCCAAUUCCUUCCACAGGAUAGGGUUGCUGACUUUGCAAAACUAAACAAACAGCAGCUGCUGAAGGAGACACAGCUUGCUCUAUGCAGAGAUGAUUUAGUUGAAAAACAAGAAAAAUUAAAAAUGGAAUAUGAACAGCAGAAACAGGACAUAAUGCGAUUGGACAAAAGCAAACAAAAAUUGCAGGAACUGAAGGAUAUUAAUGUAUCUGUGGAAGCAAAAGUAAGGACAUUCAAUAAAAGGAAAAAGGCCUUGCAGCAUCUGGAUAGUAUAAAACGCAAGGAAAAGUGGUUAUUACAUUUCCAUAGCAAGAAUGAAUAUGUUAGAGUAAAGGAUUUGCAAAAUAAAUCUAAGGAUGUAUUAAAUACUAAAAAAGAAGCUAUGAUACCAUUAGAAGAACAAGUCUCAGAGCAAAAGGAGAAACUGAGAGAAAUUGAAAAUAAAAAGCGAAAUAUUGAGAAUUCUCUGAAGAGAGAUGAGCUACAAGUUCAUCAAAGUAAUGAAAAGGUUAAUAAUCUGAAGAAUUCUUUAUCCAGGAUAAAGGAUGAGAAAAGUAACCAUUUGAAUGAGAUGGAUGAGAAGAAAAAGGAAAUUGAUGGUGCCCAGUUAAGAAUGAAACAAUUAAAUAAUGAUAAAGCUGAGGUUCUUGUUAUUUUAGGAGGAGAGGAAGUAAUGAAUAAUAAAAUGCUUUCAUUGAACAAUGACAUUAAAAGUUAUACAAACAAUGUGAAUACUAUUAGAGAUAAGAUACAAGAAUUGACUGAAUUAAAGGAUAGAAAGAAAAAUAUUUAUAAGAAUAUGCAUGUUGAAUUAGGAAAGUUGGAAAACGUAAAAAACCAAAGGUUGGAAAGUCUUCAUAGAUUGGAUCAGGAUGCGUAUAAAGGGACAUUGUGGUUGAGGGACAAUAAACAUUUAUUUAAAGGGGAAGUCUAUGAACCUAUGAUACUUGAACUGAACGUAUUGGAGCCUAAAAACGCUCUAUACGUAGAGAGAUCGAUAUCUUUGAAAGAUAAAGUGGCUUUUGUUUGUACGGAAGUCGAGGACAUGAAUUUGCUUAUUCGUCAUUUAAGAAUGUCUCAAAAAUUGAGCGUAAACGUGUUGCAUUCGAGCAUAGACAGAUCAAAUAGUCAAAUGGAGGCACCGAUUCCAAUCGAACAUUUAACCAGAUACGGUUUUCAUUCGUACGUGAUAUCGUUAUUUUCAGCUCCCGACGUUAUUAAAAAAUACUUGUGUAAAACAUACCAUUUGCACUCUAUACCAGUCGGAGAAAACAUAAGUAACUUCAAUGCAUUACCCAAGCAAAUUACCACUUUCUUCAGCGGCACAUCCAGAAUCUCCAUAUCCUAUUCAAGAUAUACAGGAGAGAAGAGCACAAGACAGAACGAGAUCAAAUCUGAUGGCACGUUUUCCAUAACGUUGAACAUACAGAAAAAAGAUUUGCUGGAGAAUCAAAUGGGUCAGACGAAGAAGCAGUGCGAUGAUUUCGCUGUGCAAAUCCAAAAAUUGGAAGAGAAGAUAAACGAUGUAAAUCAUCAAAUUAAUCGGAUCAAGGAGAGUCAACAUAAACUGCGGACACAAAAGCAGCAAGUCGAAAAUAUCGAUGGGAAAAUUCGUAUACUCGAAGGAAAGUUAAAAGAAUUACAGAAAAAUACGAAAACGAAGGAAGAAAUUGAACAAAUGUAUCAGCACAAAAUUAAUCAAUUGAAAGGCACUUUAUUUUCGAUACUCGACGAAUUGAAGGACGGUUAUAAGAGUUAUAUGCAACAAUUGGUUGAGUAUAAGAUUUCUGGGCUGAGUGUAACCGUGUGCAGGAAAGACGUUGCAUGGUUGGAGGAGCAAAUGAUUGAUAUGAGGAAUGCAGUUGCCGAAGCCUUGGAAAAUUUCCGGACGUUGAAGAAAGAUUCCGAAAUGUUGUUGCGCAAGAGCGAAGAAGCUUUGGUUAUUGCUAAGCAGGCUUCAAAUGGUUGGCAUGUGGACGAUGAGGAAUUCAAUGAGUUCAGAGAUGAUUACGAUAAGUUAUCGAAUGAUUUGGAAGCUUUGCACGAGGAAAGAGAGACGUUGGAAUCUAAAUUGGAUUGCAUGAUUAAUUCGGCGGACGACAUCGAGAUGCAAGAGUACGAGGCUAGAGUUAGCGCAAUUGAAAAGUUGGAGGCAAACGUCGAGAUUGAUUUGCGUAAGGUGCAGAACACUGAUGAGCGAUUGGCGACGAUGGAGAAUGAAUGGCUUGAGCCGUUGAACUAUCUGAUUGGUCAGAUCAAUGAACGGUUCAGUUCCGCAUUUGAGCAUAUGGGUUGUUCCGGAGAAGUGAGCUUGUAUAAGGGCGAGAACGGAAACGAUUACGAAAAGUACGGGAUCAGUAUUAAGGUGACGUAUCGCGAUGGGGAGCCGCUGCAGGAAUUGAACACGGUGACACAAAGUGGUGGUGAAAGGGCGGUUGCUACAGCAACGUACAUGUUGUCUUUGCAAGAGUUGACUUCAGUUCCUUUCCGUUGCGUCGAUGAGAUUAAUCAAGGCAUGGAUGUUGACAACGAGCGGAGAAUUUUCAAUUUGCUUGUCGACAUAACGAGCCAACCAGGAACGUCGCAGUAUUUUUUAAUCACACCGAAGCUCAUUCCGAAGUUAAAAUUCGUCGAAUCGAUGAAAAUACAUUUCGUUCAUAAUGGUCCGUUCGUUUGCGAGCAGAAUCAAUGGAAUAAAGUACAACCACAGUUAGUUUGAUACAUAUGCAAGUCAUAUUGAAUAUCAUUGUUAUUGUGCAGAUUCAAUUAAUUGAUGUGCCUUACUGUUUAAUAACCAUUGUGCUGUUGAAAAUUGACACGAAUUUUCGCAAAUGCUGACAAAAAAAAAAAUGAUACAUUUGUUUGAAUUAUAAGUGUUUCAAUUUAUGUAUAAUAUGUAUUUAUAACAGUUAAGUUUAUUUUUAAUAGAUUAAUAAAUGUGUUACCAUGAAUUAAACGCAAUCGUCGUCUAAAGCAGUGAUUCUCAAGGGAAACGCUGAUCUAAAGCACAAAAUAAAUAUAAUCCACGUUUAAGAUCAUCAUCACCGUGCAAUAAACAAAAGGUUGAAAAU